CUGACAUGGUAAUCAGAGCCUAACCCUAGCCACCUUCUUCUUUUCUUUCUCUCUCUCUUUCGGCCACCAUGACCGGACCUACCAAGGAGUCAUCUCCUUCCUCCUCUCCUUCUCCCUUUCAUCCUGCCCUCCAUCUCAACUACAAAAAUGCCCUUCCUAUCACCCUUAACAUGGACAAACCGCAAUACACUGCUUGGGCCACUCUCUUCCGCAACACGGCUCGCGCCUACCAAGUACUGGAUCAUAUUGACUCUACUGCUACACGUCCUAGUGACGUUGAUGACGAUCUUUGGGGUCGUCUUGAUUCCAUUGUUCUUCAAUGGAUUUACGGUACCAUCCACGAGGACCUAAUCUAUGCUAUUCUUGAUGAAAAGGCCACGGCAAUGGUGGCUUGGGGUAAACUCCGUGAUCUUUUCCAAGACAACAAGGGCACUCGAAUUGUUCAUCUGGAAAACCAGUUUGGUACCAUUAAAAUGCAAGAUUUUGCAUCUUCCGCCGCCUACUGUCAAUCGCUAAAAUCCACGGCCGACCAAUUAUCGAGUUUGGGCCACUCGGUCUCUGAAGAACGACUUGUCCUUCAAUUGGUGUCGGGCCUCACCGACGAAUUCGACACCGUGGCGACAUUUAUUCAACAAUCUCAGCCCUUACCUUCAUUCCAAAACGCACGGUCCAUGAUAGCUCUUGAAGAAACCCGCCGGAAUCAGUCCAAGAAAAUUGGCUCUUCCACUAACACCGUGCUCCUUGCCGCUGACAGUUCACCUUCGUCUCACUCGUCCUCUUCUGGUCACCGUGGCGGCCGUACCGGUGGUCGCCCGAGUCGGGGGCGCGGUGGCCGGACGGGUGGUCGCGGUCGUGGCAGUGGUGCUCCCCCGCCUGCUGCCCAGCCCAGUUAUGGCUACGGGCCAUACCCAUCUCACCCAUACUACGGCCCUCCCCCCCCAUGGCACUCCUACUGGGCCUAUCCGCCAAGUCCAUACCCAGCUCACCUACCGCGGGCCUCUACUGCUGCUCCCCGCCAUCUGCUGCUGCUCGACAUGCGGGCCUCCUUGGCCCAGCUCCUGGCCCUCCUGCCCCGCCACUGCCUGCCCCCCAGCAGGCCUUCCUCGCCCCCGCGAGCGAUUCCUUGGUCCCUACCGAGCUGCCCCAACUCUUCAAUGCCAUGACACUUCAACAGCCCGAUGAUAACUGGUAUUUUGACACUGGCGCCUCCACUCAUCUUAUGAAUGAUCCAGGAUUUGAGGACGGGGACGACCUUGACGAGGUGCAAUAGUUCUGGAGAUUUAUAUCCACUAUCCACUCCUUCAAACACAACUCCUCCUGUUUUUGCUGCUCUCUCUCCCUCCACCUGGCACAAUCGGCUUGGCCACCCUGGCGAUGCCGUAUUAGAUUUUCUUAGGAGUCAUAAAUGCAUUCAAUGUAAUAAAAAUUCCCCUACCCCUCUUUGUCAUGCUUGUCAAUUCGGGAAACAUUGUCGUUUACCUUUUUCCCCUUCUAAUAAUAAAACGUUUGCUCCUUUUGCUAUCAUUCAUACUGAUUUGUGGACUUCCCCUAUUAUUAGUCCCACUGGUUAUCGUUAUUAUUUGUUAUGUUUGGAUGAUUAUUCUCACUAUCUCUGGAUUUUCCUCUUACAAGCAAAUCUCAAGUUUUCUCCACCUUCCUCACCUUCAUUGCUCACAUUAAGAAUCAAUUCAACUCUACUAUUAAAACCAUUCAAUGUGACAAUGGCACUGAAUAUGUUAAAAAGGAGUUCCAAUCCUUUUGUGAUACUCAUGGUAUUGUCUUCCGCCACUCUUGCCCAUACACUUCUUCUCAAAACGGCAAAGCCGAACGCAUGAUUCGCACUACCAAUGACAUAGUGCGCACUCUCCUGUUCCAUGCUUCUCUUCCAUCCUCCUUUUGGAUUGAAGCUCUUCACAUGGCCACAUAUCUCCUUAACAUCCGCCCUACCAAAACACUCCAAUUCCUCACUCCUCUUCACCUCCUCUAUAACCGUGCCCCCUCCUAUUCUCAUCUCCGCACUUUCGGGUGCCUCUGUUAUCCUAACACUAGUGCUACCAUGACUCACAAACUUAGCCCACGCUCUACUCCUUGCAUUUUCCUUGGCUACCCCUCUAACCACCGUGGCUAUCGGUGUCUCGAUC